UCUGCCUCCUUUGCGGGGUCCCAAGACCAUGCAGACACCUCUGAUCUCCUACUUCUUCUCCAUCCUGUUUGCCGCAGGUCUUUGCUUGCAUUGUGAGCACUGCAGCAGCAACACGGACUCCUGCACUGGGGUGCCAGUUCUGUGUGAACAAUCCCAAACUGCCUGCCUCACCCUUACCAUAGAGACCACAACUGGGCAUGAUGUGUCCUUGGCCACCUACAAAGGCUGUACCAAGCUCAUGUACUGCCCUUCAUCCCCCAUGAGCUUCACUUUUCCUAACCAGCGCGAACGGAGAGCUGCCAAGUGCUGCCGCAAGGAUCUCUGCAACAGCGGAGUAGUGACAAUGCGCCGGCUGCAGACCAGACCAAACGGACUCAAAUGUCCUGGGUGCUUCUCAAAGGACCCAAGCUGCAUACCCACUGAGAUAAUAAGCUGCAAUGGCUGGGAAGACAACUGUGUCUACUAUGAUUUUUCUGUGGAGCAGGAUGGUCAGAUCUACACUUAUGCAAAACGUGGUUGUGCAACCAAACGUGCUUGUCUGAAUGAGCCACGUUACUUUGGGAUCCCUGGAAUGUACAUGGAAAUUCUGAAAAAUCCCCAGUGCACUGCCGCUCCCAAAAUACUCACCAAAAUUGGCAAGUAGCAAGUCCCUCAGGAAAACACAUCUCAUGAAGAGUCUCUGGCAAAACUAAAGAUCUGCCAAGGCAUUUCUCAAGCAGCCAAAUACCAUUCUUACCAGGAAAUUUUCUUUGAUUUGUAAGGUGGAAUA